GUCGGAGGUGGGACGUGUGAGACUGUGUCCUUAAUGAGUGUUGUUGGACUACACUGAUCAACCGUCCCUUGCAGCUCCUUUGGACACACUUUUGGAUUUGCGCCCCCCUCUGUGCUCGUGUUCUUGGAGAGCCUCUUUUACAAAGCGAAAUGAGCUUUUUGUUUGGAAGUCGCUCGUCGAAGACUUUCAAACCAAAGAAGAACAUUCCAGAAGGCUCACACCAGUAUGAGCUGCUGAAGCAUGCGGAGGCCACGCUGGGGAGCGGUAACCUGCGGAUGGCCGUCAUGCUGCCCGACGGGGAGGACCUCAAUGAGUGGGUUGCCGUUAACACUGUAGACUUCUUCAACCAGAUCAACAUGCUGUAUGGGACCAUCACUGACUUCUGCACCGAGGAGAGCUGCCCUGUGAUGUCGGCAGGACCCAAGUAUGAGUACCACUGGGCUGAUGGGACCAACAUCAAAAAGCCAAUCAAAUGCUCCGCCCCAAAGUACAUUGAUUAUCUGAUGACUUGGGUGCAGGAUCAGCUGGAUGAUGAGACACUCUUUCCAUCCAAAAUAGGUGUCCCGUUUCCGAAGAACUUCAUGUCCGUCGCCAAGACGAUCCUGAAGCGCCUGUUCCGGGUGUACGCCCAUAUCUACCACCAGCACUUCGAUGCGGUGAUCCAGCUCCAGGAAGAGGCCCACCUUAACACGUCUUUCAAGCACUUCAUCUUCUUUGUUCAGGAAUUUAAUCUGAUAGACAGAAAGGAACUGGUCCCACUCCAGGAGCUGAUUGAGAAGCUGACCUCCAAGGACAGAUAAAUGGAGAAGAAUAAUGUCUCCACCUGACAGAUCUCCUCUGGUUUCCCUUUCAUUUCAUACAGAAAACCUGGCUUUGCUCUAUGUGCUACAGUAUGUGAUAACAUUAGGGGAAUGUUUCUUACAGUGUUGGGGAUAAGGCAGCCUUUGACUUUGAUUUUGCAGUGGUGGCAGAUCUCACUAUAUAGAUGGGUAACUUCAGCUCUACACUGAUACAAUGCUGGGUAGGUUCAGGCCAUAUUUCACUGAAGCCCAAAACUCCCCUCAGAGCUAGAGACACAUCAAAGUGCCUAAAUGGUUCUCCUUAAAACUAUCCCACCUCCUGUACCUAGACAACAUCCACUACAUAACUUUGAAGACUUUAUAAAUGCAGAAGGCAGCAUACAGGUUUUCUAGCUGAAUCUGUAUGCAUACUGCUGAAUGACUGAGCUUAUGGAGAGGUGGUGCAGUAUGUCUGGAGAGUGUGUGGUAGGUUUUUAAUGCAACCUAAUGUUCUGCACAGUAAGGACUUGAUCAGGAACGCAUGGACCAGUUCUGCUACCUAAAAAGAUCAUUUUUUCAUUCCAUCCUAGAGGCAGCAUGGAAUCAGUGACUGAGAUAAUCUGAUGAGUAAUCUGAGGCAGUUCAGUGUUGUAUGCAAAUGACAGAAUUUCUGAAUUUAUCAGCUUAUAAAGAAAUGCUAUAUGGCAUGUGUGUGCCAGGAAGGCAGCGAUUAAACAUGUAAGUCUCAGAAUAUCAUAUUUAAUUAUGUUGAUUCAGAUGGCAUAUAUGUGCAUACGUUCCCACAGAUGACAGUAAAUUCUGGAUAGAAUUAUAUUUCUAUAGUGAUAUAAAUUUUAUGGACUUCAUGGAUUGUAAGAUGUGCAGGUGAAUCUUUUUUUUUUUGUUUUCUUAUGGGUUUUGCAUUUACAUUCCAGUGCUCCAGCCCAUUUCAGCUUUUAUCGGUUGUCUGAGUAUUUCCUCAGCACCUCUGGCUGGGCAGUAAGACGUGUAAGAGCACAAGCGCUGUGCAGUAGCGUGUAGUUAAGCGCAGUCCAGUAAUGUUAAAGCACAUCAUGGAAAUGCACACGGGUUAAAGGCAGUACAGUAAAGCGAACUGUAACAGCAAUAGCAGAUAAAACACAUGAGCCGUCGUGGAAGUAUUAUGCACACACGUACACACACACACCCCCCCCACCCCCGAAAAGGGAUGUUGCUGACACACAUAGGACAGUAAACAGUGAUCGAAUGUACUGCUGGUGCCAUACAAACCACACUGACGAAAUGCUCCACACAUUGUUGAAGUUUGUGAUCACCUAGAGAGAACUUCCCAAUGUUGUAUUUUUUUUUCAUUUAAAGAUGACAUAAUUUUGAGGCAAGGCACAAAAAUGUAUGGUAUGGCACAAACCUUACAGCGACGGUGAACUUGAAAUGAGACGUCUAGCCAAACAGUGCCACGGUCACUAAGCACAUAGGUGUGUGUCCGAGUUCCUCAUGCAUUGGAGGCGUUCUUUAGGCAGCGUUAUUGUCAUACUGAGUGACAGUGUGCCCC